UCUUGAGUCGCCACGUCAGGCAAGCAUGUAUGUACCACCGACAUCACUGCCGUCUGCUUUUAUUUCACGUUUCGUUUGCAGCAGAUACAUAUUUACACGUGAAGUGGGCGUCAAAAUCUGACUUGCGUGUUGAAUAGGCAUAUCUCUGGAGCGCACUUAUCGUAAAGCCAAACACGGAUAUAAAAUGGGUUUGUUGGCAAAGUGUCACUCAGAAUUUAUUGAAGUAGGCUAGUUGGAUUUCAAUGUACUGAAAGCAGCACUGAAUAUACGUGGGUUUGCGGACAUUUCGUUGUGAAGAAAUUAACAUGUUUCAUGGAAAUUAUCCCUAUCGCCUGGGAGACUGAGACGCAGAAAACUUCUAAUACCGACAAGCAUCAAGGUCCGUGGCACACAAACGAUGUCAUUGAAUUGUAAUGAAGACUUUGAUCCCGCAGAUUUUUCUCGCCGCUUUCGCCUGCAUUCUUUUGACCCUCAUUCUGUGCUUUCUAAACCUUCCGCAACCGAUAAAAAGUUUUAAUGAACAUACAGGUAGAGAAGAUUACAGAGUUACCAUUCUUGUUUGGUGGCUUCCAUUUGGGAAUUACCAGAGGAUGCCAGACUGUGCCGCUAGUUAUGGAAUCCAUGGGUGCACAGUAACUACUGAUCACGACGCUUACUCACAAGCCGACGGUGUAAUCAUUCAUCACAGGGAGGUCGUGGGCAAUCUCAGCGGGCUACCACGCAGCCCUCGGCCACAGAGGCAGAAGUGGAUAUGGAUGAACUUCGAGUCACCCAGCCACACCUCAGGCUUGGAGGAGUUGGAAGGAAUCUUUAACUGGACCAUGUCUUACAAGGUGGGGUCUGACAUUUUCAUGCCAUAUGGAUACCUGCGAGCCCGGAAAGCCUCAAGGUCCUCCCCUGUGCUCUUGCCACACAAAAAAAGGCUGGUGGCCUGGGUCAUCAGCAACUGGAAUGAGGACCAUGCCCGUGUGAUCCUUUACUGGAGGCUGAGGAGGUAUCUUCCUAUUGACGUGUAUGGCCAUAAUGCCAGACAGCUGGUGAACAACAGCAUGGUGCAGACUGUUUCACAGUACAAGUUCUACCUGGCCUUUGAGAACUCACAGCACCCGGACUAUAUCACAGAGAAACUGUGGCGGAACGCUUUGGGGUCCAGUGCUGUGCCAGUGGUCCUGGGGCCCCCACGGAGCAACUAUGAGAGGUUUCUCCCCCCGGAUGCUUUCAUCCACGUGGAUGACUUCCAUAGUCCCAAGAUGUUAGCUGCAUAUCUGAGGUUCCUGGCCAAAACCCCCCAGUUAUACAGACGUUACUUCAACUGGAAAAGGGACUACGCGGUCCAUGUCACCUCCUUCUGGAAUGAACACUACUGCGCUGCCUGUAAAGCGGUGUUGGCUGGCAGGUACCAGACUAAAGUGGUGUCUGAUCUCACCUUAUGUAAUAAAUGUUCUUGGACCAACACUUGGAUGUGCUUUGAAUUAUGCAGUUCUGAAAGCUUCCCUUGCUGUGGCGCCAGGUGUAAUGGUCCCACUGGAUUAAGCUACUUGUGAAUAAAGGCCCAUGGUACUACUGGAACAGGACCUAUUAGAAAGUGAUGGGUGUCUCCUCAUUACAAAACAAAAAAAAAGUCUUGCUCUGGAGGCAAUUACGAAGGCUCAUUACCAAAAAGUCUUCCAAGAUUAUGACCCUGUUGUGAAAGGAAACAUCACAGAGGGGAGACAACAAACUGAUGCCAUAAAAACAGCAAAUAUGAAUAUGGAAG